AUGUCUUCUCAUCAUUUGAAAGGCAUACAAAAAUCAUCUUUAACCAAUAAAAUAAGAAAUGCAAUAUGUGAGUAUAAGAAAGAGAAUCCAACUAUUAGCCAAAAAGAUUUGCAAGCAUGGGUGAAACAAAAAUUUGAUUUGACUAUUAGUCAAAUAACAAUAUCGCGCACUCUCAAAAAGUCGGCAGAGUAUUUGUCAAAUGAGAUGAAAAAUAGCGAUGCCAAGAGGCAUCAACCGGCAAAAUACCCUGAUUUAGAGAAAAUUUUGUAUCAAUGGUUUCUUCAAAUGCAAGAGAAAGUGAACAUGUCAGGGAAAAUUAUUCAAGGAAAAGCAAAAAAUCUUUUCCUGAAAAUGUAUGGUGAAACUAAUCCAGAAUUCAGCUUCUCUUCUGGUUGGUUAGAACAUUUCAAGUCAAGAUACAGAAUCAAGUCUUACAGACGUUUUGGUGAAAGUGGUUCAGUUAUCAUGGAGAACAUUGAAAACGAAUUGCCUAGCAUACGAUCAAAACUAGAUCAAUUUGAAUUGAAGGAUAUUUAUAAUAUGGAUGAAACUGAACUAUUUUACCAAUUGGAAGCUGAUCAUUCACUUGCUAUCAAGCAGCUUGAAGGUCGCAAAAAAGACAAAGAGAGAAUUACUCUUGCUCUCUGUUGCAAUGAUGAUGGAUCUGAGAAAGUAAUUUGUAAGUUUGCAAAUCCUAGAUGCUUUAAAAAUGUGAACAUGAACAAUCUUAAUUGCAUGUAUAGAUCUAACAAGAAAGUUGGGAUGACUGGCUUGCUUUUCCAAGAAUAUAUUGGCUGGUUUGAUAAGAGAAUGAAUGGCAGGAAGAUUUUGUUAAUAGUAGACAAUUGUCCAGCUCAUCCAAAGAUAGUUGAAGGCCUAAGAAAUGUAGAGUUGUUUUUCUUACCUCCUAACACAACGUCUAAGAUUCAAUCAUGUGAUGCUGGGAUUAUUCGAGCAUUCAAAGCUCAUUAUCGUCGUCGUCUUUAUUUCAGCAUCCUACAAGGCCUUGGGGUUGAAGCACCAAAUACUAAAAAAAUUAAUAUUUUGAAUGCUAUUAAUUUUGCUAACUUGGCUUGGAAUUUUGAUGUGAAAGAAAUAACAAUUACAAAUUGUUUUCGGCAUUGCAAGAUACGAUCGAAAGAAAACAGUGUUCCCGAACCACAAGUUGGUGAAUUAGAUGAAGGUAUCCAAGUAUUAAAUGAUUUCAUCUCUAAUUUAGCCUACAGAAAUGUGAUGGAUGUUGAACAUCUUUUGAACUACCCUAACGAGAAUGAUACAGUUAUGGAAUCACCUACAAAGGAAGAGAUUAUUCAAUUUGUAAUGAAUAAUGAUGAUGAGAAUGAUCCUGAACAAGAUGAUAGUAGCAUUGUCCCACAUGUAUUGUUAAAGGAGACAUUUCAAUUGGACCAGUUGUUGGAGUUCAUUAACGUAGUUUUGAAUGCUCCAGGGUGGUUUGAUGUCCAGAUUCAGCCACUUGAUCACAAGUUCAGAAUCUACUUCCAUUAUUACUCUAUUAUAACCAUGUUGAAUGCACCAAUUAAUGCCAAAACUGGUUGCCUGCACUUCCGCUUGAUUAUUGGUUCCAACUUCCAAAGGAGAGGUCCACCAUCUCAUCAAGAUGCCUCUAAUGGAGUUGUGGUCCUGCAUGAUUCCCCCCCAGUUGGAGAAAUAUGUCCAGAUGUGUUUAGCAAAGCUUCCAGAGACAAAAAUGUGAUCUAUGUUGUCCAAACUAGGCCUGUAGCAGCAUGA